UUCUCUUAGCUCUCAGUCAGAGCAGUGCUAGAGUAACAGAAAGAAAAAAUGUCUCUCUUGCUUCCAGUCCUCCUUGCCUUGCUAAUCUCCAUCCUCAGUGGCCUGUAUUUCUUGGGAGCUUUUCGUAAAAGACGACACGGAGAGCCUCCCCUGGACAAGGGCCCCAUACCAUGGCUGGGCCACGUGCUGGACUUCCGAAGGGAUACAGCCAAGUUCCUGCAGAAGAUGCAAGAGAAGCAUGGGAGCAUUUUCACUGUGCAGUUAGCAGGUCACUACUUCACCUUCCUCAUGGACCCCUUUUCUUUUGGCACUGUAGUGAAAGAGGCCAGAGCCAAGCUUGACUUUAACAAGUUUGCUGUACAGCUGAUAGAGAAGGUCUUUGGCUACCACACAACGGAAGAUUAUCACAAGUUCCUGCAAACCUCCAGUAACAAGCACCUGAUGGGCGACGGCUUGGUGGUUAUGACCCAGGCCAUGAUGGAGAACUUGCAGAACCUGAUGCUGCAUAGCGUGGGCUCGAGGAAAGAGCAGAAAGCUUGGAGCCAGGAUGGGCUGUUCAACUAUAGCUACAACAUUGUCUUCAGGGCUGGCUACCUUGCACUUUUCGGCAACAAGACUUCCAAGGAAGCUGGCAGUUUGGAGAAAGCUAAAGAGGAAGACCGAAUCCAAUCUGAGGAACUGUUCCAAGAGUUCCGCAAGUACGAUAGACUCUUCCCCCGGCUGGCAUAUGGAGUGCUGCCGCCAAAGGAAAAGAUUGAAGCAGAGAGGUUGAAGAGGUGGUUUUGGAACAGGCUCUCUGUGCAGAAGGGGGCUAACAAAGACAACAUCAGUAGCUGGGUGUUGGAUCAGCAGCAGGUGAGAGCUGAGAGUGGAAUGAAGGACUCCAUGCAGGACAGAUACAUGUUUCUGCUCCUCUGGGCUUCCCAGGGCAACACUGGUCCGUCCGCAUUCUGGCUGCUACUGUUCCUCAUGAAGCAUUCUGAAGCCAUGAAGGCAGUUCAGGGGGAAGUGGACCAGCUCUUAAGGGAAACCGGUCAAGAGGUCACAUCUGGGGCCCCACUACUUAAUCUCACUAGAGACAUGCUUCUCAAGACCCCCAUUUUGGACAGUGCAGUGGAGGAAACCCUUCGCUUAACUGCUGCCCCUGUCCUCACCAGAGCUGUCAUGCAGGACAUGAAACUCAGGAUGGCAGAUGGACGAGAGUACAGCAUACGAGAGGGGGACAGAGUGGCGCUGUUCCCAUACACUGCAGUGCAGAUGGAUCCGGCCGUGCAUCAGGAUCCAGACAAAUUUAAAUAUGACCGAUUCCUGACCCCGGAGGGGAUCAAAAAGACUGACUUUUACAAAGAUGGUAAGAAGCUGAAAUAUUAUAACAUGCCUUGGGGUGCUGGAGUCACUAUGUGCCCGGGACGCUUCUUUGCUACAAAUGAGCUCAAACAGUUUGUCUUUCUCAUGCUGACAUAUUUUGAGUUUAGGCUACAAAAUCCAGAUGAGGAAAUCCCCUCCAUUGAUGUCACACGCUGGGGUUUUGGAUCCAUGCAACCAGUCAGAGACAUCCAGUUUAAAUACCGCCUACGAUUCUAAUGAAUUGAAAUAAUUCAGAUGAAAAAAUAACCAAAUAUAUAGUCUAUAAAGAAUGGUUUACCAAUGAUCCUAAGUGAAAUUAACUGUUCAAUUUGAGUUCAUUUAAGAAUGUUUUAACUAUGUGAUUUGUUCCUGCUUGUUCCUUUCUUUUUGGUAUUCUAUCUAACAUGGUAUAGUUUUCUGAUAACCACUAUUGCAACAGCUGCCUGUUUGUUUAAUAAAACCUGGAUGCCUGAGCGGUGUUUUCAAUCUCAAACCCCCUGUGUCUCUCUUGUCUCUCAGUGUAUACCCACACCGUAACAGGACACCCCUGUUACACUGCAGUUUAACUGUUUUUACAAAAAUUAAUUAUGAUCACUAUAAUUGAAACUGCAUUGUAUAUAGUUGUAGUUUGUUGUUCUACAGGUAAAGCUGCAUGCAGAUUUACUACAUUGAAUACAGAAUUGUUUUUAAUUGUUAUGAAAGACAAGACUUUGCUGAAGCAAACCAGUGAUAUUUACGUAUAAUAUGUUCUUUUCCAGUAAGCAUGUAACACA